AUGGAGGUGACGUCGAUCCAGGAGCGGGUUCCGCUUGCCCACCAGGACCCUGGCUUGUUCUAUGCCUUUCUCCCCCUCCAAGUCUUGCUCUAUAUCCAUACCCGCUACUCGGUAGCCUUUGGUAUACUCACCCUCGCCCUCCUCAUCUACAAGGCGGAGGAGCUUGUCUUUCCGGACCAUGCGCUGGGGGGCGAGUCGUUUCUCUGGGUCCUGUUCCUCACCCUCGAGCCGCUGAGGCUGUACGCGGGGUACAUGGGCAACGCGGUGGCAUCGGGCAAGGCACUCUUGGCCUUUGAUGGCCUCACACUCCUUGUUGCUGCCAUGCAUGUCUACUGGCUCUGGUGGCAGGUCUGGGUCUUCCAUCUCGACUGGAUCCUCUCCUGGAUUGCCAUCACCCUUCUCUUCCUCGAGUUUGUCAUGGCUUCAAAGGUCCUUGCCCAGGUCCAGAACAGGUGAUCCAUCCCAUGCCUCC